AUGAGACCUAGUGGUGGACGCGGUCAUUACUGCACUUGGGAGCACUGCAACAAGGUCUUCAAUCGCAAAUCAGACCUGUGCAGACACUACCGCAUACAUACCAAUGAGCGACCGUAUCAUUGCACUGUCAAGGACUGCAAUAAAAGUUUCCACCAGCGAAGUGCCUUGACGGUGCAUUCGCGGGUCCAUACGGGAGAAAAGCCUCAUGUUUGUGAAGACAGAGAAUGCCGUAAAGCUUUCUCUGACUCGUCAAGUCUUGCCCGUCACCGGAGAAUACAUACCGGAGAGCGGCCCUAUAUUUGCCAGGAGUCGACUUGUAAACAAAUGUUCCGCCGCAAGGCAAGUUUGAUAAAGCAUCAACAACGGUCUCAUCCCCCAAAAACCGCAAAUUCUCCCUCCUCGAGAGAUGCAGUUUCCGGAGAUUCAGAUCCAGGUCAAGUCGCCAUUUUCAUCUCGGACGAGCAGUGUCCCUCAAACCAGCAGGAAACACCGACUCAUGAAUCUCAUGCCCUCCGGAUGCUAUACGUAGCACAAGCUUCCGUACAAGAUCAAAAUCCGAUUGUGACGCAGCCCAUAAUGGCCACAUCAUCGGUCGAGACACAGCGUGCUCAGCAUUACUGCUUAUCUCUAGUGCAGCAGCGGCAAUAUGUUCAUGUGUACCAGGGACAUCUACCGCUGGGGAUUGAGCAACCCUAUCGCAGUCUUUCAAUCGCAGAAUGCCCAUCGCCUAUGGUCACUAGGACUCCAAGUGGCUACAAUCCGGCAGCCCACAUUGUGAACCAGCCUGAGGGGACAAAUGCGAUUCAUCCCUGGGAUGCGGACUGGCGAACCGGCAACUUAUAUGACGGAGACUGCUUCAGGCCAAGUUUGCAAUGUAUGCGAAUUGUCUGA